UGAAGAAAAAGAAAAAAGUACAAAACAGACGUGCAGCCUCUGCAUUUUCAGAUAUACUGACAUUUUAGUACACGUUCAAAAACAAAAACAAAGCGGGGCGCCCGACAUCGAGAUAUCGCGAGGCUUCCACGAGUACGUCAUCUUCAGGCGCCCGGCUUCAGCGGGACUCCGGCGGCGUAUAAAAUUGCCUCAACGGCGCCAGGAACGGCCGCAGUUUUCCGGCACCGUUCGCGUGGGAGAAGUCGCAGGAAACAAUAUCAAUCAAUAUGAUCGAGAAAGAGGACCCGAUCAUCAGCGAGGAGGAGGCGGCGCAGUACGACCGCCAGAUCCGGCUGUGGGGCCUGGACGCGCAGAAGAGGCUGAGAGGGUCCCGUGUGCUCCUAGUGGGUUUAGGUGGCCUUGGGGCAGAAGUUGCUAAAAACCUGAUUCUGGCUGGCGUCAAAGGAGUUACCCUGCUAGAUCAUGAACAGGUGACGGUGAACUCGUGUCGAGCUCAGUUCCUGGUCCCAGUGACCGCUCAGGGCAAGAACCGGGCCCAGGCCUCUCUGGAGCGUGCACAGUACCUCAAUCCUAUGGUGGAGGUUCGUGCUUAUACCGACCGCGUCGAGGACAAACCGGACGAUUUCUUCAUGCAAUUCAAUGCGGUGUGUCUGACGGGCUGUUCCAGAGACCUGAUGGUGCGGGUGGACCACCUCUGCUCUCGACACAAAAUCAAGGUCUUCUGCGGCAACGUCUACGGUUACUACGGGUACAUGUUCUCCAAUCUCGGACAGAAGCACAACUACGUGGAGGAGAGGCCUAAGCUAGUAAAACCAUCGGAAGAGUCGAAUGACGGUCCUGAAGCCAAGAGAGCCAAGAUCGACCCCAACGAGACCGUCAUGAUCAAACGGAAGGCCAGUUUCUGCUCUCUGAAGGAAGCCCUGGAGGUGGACUGGACGAAUGAGAAGGCCAAAGCCGGUCUGAAGCGAACACCGGUGGACUACUUCCUGCUUCACGUUCUGUUGAAGUUUCGCACCGACAAAGGCCGUGACCCUGACCCAGAGUGCUUUGCAGAGGACAGCCAGCUUCUGAGGCAGAUCCGCGACGAUGUCCUGGAGGCCAUGGGGCUGAACGCCGAUCUGCUGACUGACGACUUCAUCAGCUACUGUUUCUCGGAGAUGGCGCCGGUCUGUGCUGUGGUGGGUGGAGUCCUAGGACAGGAAGUUAUCAAGGCUCUCUCCCAGAGGGACCCGCCACACAGAAACUUCUUCUUCUUCGACGGUUGCAAAGGGAACGGCGUGGUCGACUACUUCGGACCCCAGUCGACGGCCCUCACCGCCUCCCUCGGCUGACCACGGCGCAAAGAGGCGGAGCGAAGCCCAUUUGCAUUCCUUCUGUUACUGCCGUCAGACUGUUAAUUCCGUCAUCGGCUGCACGAGUCAGAAAGUUCAUCCGCUGUUUGACUUUGGCGUUUUGUCUCUCCUCAUUUUGCUCCUCGGUUUAAUUUGAGCACAGAGCCAGACGGUCGCGUCCUUUAGUUUGAGUCUCCAUCACAAAAUUAGAAUUUUUCUGUUUUUUUCCUUUUUUAAUAAAAAGUUAUGGU